UACUCGUUUUCAUCGCUGUCGCCUACCCACAGAAACAACCCACUACAAACUUCAAACCAAAGCAAAACCAUUAUGCUUCGACUCAGUCUCCUCCCAUUUCAUCGUUUCUCACUCUCUUCCCGUUUCCCUUCUCUCCAUCCCAAACCCGCAAUGGCCGUCUCUUCUUACACGACGUCGUCUCACUCCUCAUCCUCCCCCAAGCUUCUCUUCCGUCAGCUUUUCGAGAAGGACUCCUCCACCUACACUUACCUCCUCGCCGACGUGUCCCACCCCGACAAACCCGCUCUGUUGAUUGAUCCUGUGGAUAAGACAGUGGAGAGGGAUCUUUCCCUUGUUAAGGAGUUGGGUUUGAAGCUGGUUUAUGCUAUGAACACUCAUGUUCAUGCUGAUCAUAUCACUGGCACUGGUCUCAUCAAGAGUAAGGUUGAUGGUGUGAAGUCUGUGAUUUCAAGGGCAAGCAAGUCGAAAGCUGAUCAUUUGAUUGAGGCUGGUGAUAAAAUCUAUUUCGGAGACCUGUAUUUGGAGGUUCGAGCUACUCCUGGGCAUACGGUAGGUUGUGUUUCCUACGUUACAGGUGAUGGGCCUAACCAACCGCAGCCAAGGAUGGCUUUCACUGGAGAUACUCUACUCAUACGUGGAUGUGGGAGAACUGAUUUUCAGGGUGGCAGCUCAGAUCAACUCUAUGAGUCCGUCCAUUCACAGAUUUUCACAUUGCCCAAGGAUACAUUAAUCUAUCCUGCUCAUGAUUACAAGGGAUUUACUGUGAGCACUGUGGGGGAAGAGAUGGUCUAUAAUCCUCGGCUUACAAAAGAUAAGGAGGGAUUUCAAAAUAUCAUGUCAAAUCUAAAACUCGCAUAUCCGAAAAUGAUUGACGUAGCUGUGCCUGCGAAUCUUGUUUGUGGAUUGCAAGAUUUGUCUGAAAGGCCUGUUGAGUCCGUAUCAACCUAGACAUAAUCAUGGGUCAGACUUGUGAUUUGUACAAAAACGUCUGGUGGAGCUGGCUUAACUACAUGAAUACAUUACCUUUCCACAACACAUGAUGAAUUCUAGUAUUCUACCCUUACCGUUUGAGUGUGUACUAGACUCUAGAAAUAUACAGAUAAUACCAUAACAGUAUUCACACAUUGCAUUCAAGCAUGACUAAAUGAGCAAGAUACUUGUGCCUGUUGUACAAUAAUGACUAGAUAGUAUCAUAGUAAUAAAACAUCUUUACUGCUCGUCAUACUGAAGCAUCACGAUA